AUGCCGUAUAACAUCGCAAUGGUCAGUGACUUCUUUUUUCCCCAGUCAGGUGGAGUUGAGAGUCACAUAUACCAAUUGUCCUCCAAACUCAUCGAUCGAGGUCACAAAGUCAUUAUUAUUACCCACGCGUAUAAAGGACGCACCGGAGUCCGCUACCUCACCAACGGUCUGAAGAUCUACCACGUUCCCUUCUUCGUUGUCUACCGCGAAACGACAUUCCCUACUGUCUUCUCUUUCUUCCCCAUAUUCCGCAAUAUCGUCAUCCGCGAGGAGAUUGAGAUAGUUCAUGGCCAUGCCAGUUUGAGUAGCUUCUGUGGAGAGGCCAUUCUUCAUGCGCGUAGUAUGGGACUGCGGACUGUCUUCACAGACCAUUCCCUCUUCGGAUUCGCUGACGCAGCAUCAAUUCUGACCAACAAAUUGCUCAAAUUUACCUUGAGUGAUGUUGAUCAUGCGAUUUGCGUUAGUCACACUUGCAAGGAAAACACAGUACUUCGGGCUUCGUUGGAUCCCUUAAUGGUGUCAGUCAUUCCAAACGCUGUGGUAGCAGAGAAUUUCUGUCCUCUGUCUCAAACUACUCGUGCGCCUGAUCAGGGCCUGACAUCCCCCGCCGAUACUCCAAUGUCCCCCAGACAAAUCGGGCCCGAUGACCCGAUUACAAUCGUGGUCAUCUCCCGACUUUUUUACAAUAAGGGCACCGAUCUUCUCAUCGCCUCAAUUCCGCGGAUUCUUGCCUCCAAUCCCAAUACUCGCUUCAUCAUUGCAGGAUCAGGGCCCAAAGCAAUCGACCUCGAGCAAAUGCUGGAACGCAACGUGCUUCAGGAUAAAGUCGAGCUUCUAGGUUCGGUCAGACACGAGGAAGUCCGAGAUGUGAUGGUACGAGGUGACAUUUAUCUCCAUCCUAGUCUUACAGAAGCAUUCGGGACAGUCAUUGUUGAAGCUGCUAGUUGUGGUCUUUACGUGGUCUGUACUCGUGUUGGAGGCAUCCCAGAAGUUUUACCCCAGCAUAUGACAACGUUCGCCAAACCGGAAGAAGACGAUAUUGUGUUAGCAACCGGCAAGGCAAUCACGGCUUUGCGCUCAAACAAAGUGCGAACGGACCGAUUUCAUGAUCAGGUGAAGAUGAUGUAUUCAUGGCGGGACGUGGCCGCACGCACUGAGCGCGUGUACGAAGGCGUUAUUGGUGAUAUUAGCCCAGAGGAAUUCUAUGGUUACUAUCCAGGCCAGGGCUGGGAAGCGAGUGGGGAUCGUGUCCGCAGCUUCGCGCUGAUUGACCGGUUGAAACGCUACUACGGCUGUGGUGUCUGGGCAGGCAAGCUGUUCUGCCUUUGUGUCGUGAUUGACUUCUUGAUCUAUGUCUUCCUUGAGAUGUGGUUCCCCCGAGCCAACAUUGACAUCGCACGAAGUUGGCCGAAAAAGCCACCGGCGAGUAAAUCUCACCAGACUACCAGAAGUGUUCGCUGA